GAAGAGGAAGACUGACAGAAAGAGAAGAUGGCUGAUAAGUGUCACUUGUGUCUGCUGGGACUGAUCUUUCUCUCUUCACUUCUCACAGGUCACAGUGGAGUGGAUGAUGCUCAUGUGUUCAUCAGUUCUGGUGAAGAUGUCCGUCUGCCCUGUAAUAAUGCUCUUCAUGACUGUAACUCAACUACAUGGAUCUAUGAAAGAUUCAGUCAUUCACCAGCAGUUGAACUGUUUGCUGGAGGGAGAAAGAAGAAAAACAGGAAGGGUCAUGAGAGACUGAGUCUGGGGUCUGACUGCUCUCUGAACAUCAAGAGCGUCACAAAAGAAGAUUGUGGAUCUUACAUCUGCCAACAAUAUGUGAAUAAUGAACAACAAGGAACUGAUGCUGGUGUUUAUCUGCAUGUUCUUCAUGUCUCAUCGUCACAGACUGAGAUCAGUGCAGGUCUCUUUGUGACUCUCUUCUGUCAGUUAUAUUCAUAUCCUCAAGUCUCUUGUGAUUAUUUGAUCCGUUCUGAGGGAAUUGAUCUGUUCUGGGUGAAUCAGGCUGGUGUUAAACUGAUGAGAUCAGACUCCAGAUAUCAGAUAUCAUUCUCAUCAGAUUACUGUAUCAUCUCUCUGACUACAACACUCCUGAAUGAAGAUCACAACAGAGAGUGGAGAUGUGCAGUUACUCAGAGAGAUCAACUCCAGACCUCAGUCACAUACACUGUCAAGAUCUCAGCUGGAGCUGAUUCAGAAACAGCAGAGACUUCAGUCCACAUCACAGACUCAACUACAACUACAUCAACUACUUCUACACCAGAAAAUCAGAAAUCAUUAAACACCCCAGACUUUGAGAGGACUGCAGCUGGACACACAUCUGGAUUUACUGAUCAACAGGUUGUAACGUCAACUACAGAAACAACAAUGAAUCCAGACACCGCACCAAUCUCUUGGAAAGAAGUGAUUGUGAUUGUUGUCAGUGUUUCGAUCGCUCUUCUUCUUCCUGCUCUGAUUCUUUGGCUGAUUCGUAAAAAAAGAGAUGAUGUCAGAAGAGAGACUGAUGACUCUGUGGAGCAGACAGAUGAUAUGACUUAUAUUAUUUAUUGCGCGCAGUAAGAAACAACUGUGAUGUUGAUUCAGGUUCGCUGUGAUGAUAAAGUGACUUACGCUUCAAUCAGAGGAACAAAAGCUGGAGCUCAGGAAAACUGCAGUCAACUUUAUGCCUCUGUGAACAAGAACCAUCACAAAUCAGACAAAUAAUUAUACAGAAACCACAUGAGCAGAGCAAUAUGAACCGUGACUCCUGAUGGUUUGAUUCGGUACCAUUAUAAUAAUAUCACAUGUUAAGAAACCAGCUCUGAUUUAUUAGUAGUUAUUGCUGAUUCUGGUCGGAUUAUUGUGUUAUUAGGGGAUCCGGAGAGCACCAGUGAUCCAGAUUUAGUCAUAUGAAAGUCAAUAUCUAGAUCAUUGUCAUCCAAUCCAAUUUAGCUUUAAAAAACCAUCAGAAAGUGAGAUGAUUACAUGAUCCUGGAUAUAAUUAACAUGAAUCUAAUUAACAGCUAAUUAACUGUCAGCUUGCACUAAUUAUGAGAACAGGCGAAGCUACAUGAUGAUGUAAGUGUUUAUCACAAUGAGACAGCAAUG